ACCACAACAUCGCCAUGCUUCACGUUACCAAAAGUGCCGUGUGCUCUGCUGCAAGUCUGAUGAUGAUGCUCUUCCUGGUACCCGAAACAGCAGGAAGUGGUCAGAUCGAGGUCUUGUUUGUGAGUUAUUCAAGCAACUGCGACCUUGACUACGGUAGUGCGUGUGACCCUAUGUUCACUUUCUGUUUAGGCAGGCCACAAUCAUCACAGACGUAUUUCAAAGAUUACAUCUGCAAUUAUGAAAAAACACUAACAAGUACCAGUUAUGUUGACACAAAUUAUAUUUACUUCAAGGACCAGACAAGCAUUGGAGGUCUUCCUAACCCGUGGAUCAUAAAUACAGCUACCUUCUCUGAGCUAUCUGUGAUGAUUGCGGUGGAACUUUACGACUCUGAUCCAGCUAACCCAGAUGACCUAAUGGUAGUCUUUUAUUCGUCAAUCCCGGUUGCUGUUGCCGCUUCGAGAAACGAAGCUCAGUGGUCAAGACAAGUUUUAAGAGACGGCACAUAUUACAUGGAUUUUGACAUCCGCCUUUACUGUGACCCGGGCUAUUUCACAUCCUCGUGUAAUGUGAACUGCAGUCCCCAGAACACAUCGAGUGGUCACUACACCUGUCAGGCCGGCACAGGGAAGAAGAUCUGCAUGCAAGGCUGGAAUGGCACGUCAUGUAGUGACGACAUAAACGAGUGUACCCUGGGGUUCUGUUUGAGGGGAAACUGCACUAACCUACCUGGUGACUACAUGUGCACCUGCCCACAGAACUACACAGGAAAGAACUGCUCUGUGUUGAAGAACCCUUGCCUGUCAACCUCCUGCCUGAAUGGAGGAACCUGCUACGCCCACCCCACAGAGUACACCUACCUGUGCAGGUGUCCUGCAGGGUGGGAGGGAAAUCACUGUGAGACGAGGACAAACCCCUGCAACAGUCAGCCAUGUUUGAAUGGCGGACUUUGUAACAGCGA